CCGCGCCGUGUCCGCUGUGGAGGCCGCCGGGGCGUCCGCCGCCUGCGCAGCCACGGGGCUCCGGGCUCGCAACCAGCCGGCUCUCAGCGCAGGAGUGUCCGUCGCUGGACCGCUUCAGCCCUCCCGGUGUGGCCGCGAGUCGGGUUGCACUGCUGUGAUCCAUCACCUUCCAAAGAUGCAUCCUGAUUUAUCUCCACACUUGCACACUGAAGAAUGCAACAUCUUGAUUAACUUGCUUAAGGAAUGUCACAAAAAUCACAGUUUUCUGAAAUUUUUUGGUCAUUGCAACGAUCUUGAUCGGAAGAUGAGAAAAUGCUUGAAAAAAGAGUACAUGGAAAAGAGGACCAAGAGCAGGGAGCUUGGGGAAGCGAUGCGAAAGAGACUUGUUAAUCCUCCAGAGGAAUCUGAAAAAUAAAUUAUAUUUCCAUUGAAUACCUUGGCUGAGAGAAGACUCUUGGUUGAUAGCUGAAAGAAUCCUAUCUUAUUUGAUUUCCAGAAUCCUUUGAAUGGAAAGUGACCCAUGAGAAAUUGGACCAUGGAGAAAUAUGAAAACCCUGGAUUCUGAAUAUCUGUUGGGAAGAGCUUUUAGUACCAUCCCUCCUCUACCAGCAAACCUGACUUCUACCGUGUUUCUUCCCUUUGUUUACAACCAGUUAACAUCUGAGUAACUUAUCUUCCUCAAUAAAAUAAUUUA